AUGACAAACAAUAAUACAAUUCGUGAACUUAAACUUCAUAGUCCAGCUGGUGUUGAACCAGCUGUGUUUACUUGGCCAAAUAUUGAACGACAAAAAACAAAACAAGAUGCUAUAUUUAUUGCGGGCGAUGAAAUUGUUCGAACAAUUCGUUUAGUUUUCGAAGAUUAUCCUGAAUUAUAUCAACAAAAUGUCAAUCUUGAUCAAUGUGAUAUUCAUUCAUAUAAUAAAAUGAAAGAAUUAUGUGAUAAAUUUAAUAAAAUUAUUGAUACACAUGUUAAAUUAAAUCGUGGUACAGAAACUUUUUCUGCUCGACUUGAACAACGUGCUACAGCUAAAUUAUUUCGUCAUAUUCUUGCUCAAGUCUAUAGCCGAGCUGUAACUAAUCCUGAUAAAUUACGUGAUUAUGAACCAUUUUCUCCAUCAGUCUAUGGCGAGACAUCACCUGAUUUAAUCGAUUCAAUACUUAAAUUGAUUAAUUUAACUGAAGAUCAAACAUUUAUUGAUCUUGGUUCAGGUGUUGGAAAUGUUGUUUUACAUGUUGCUGCUUUAUCUAAUUGUAAACAUGUCUAUGGUAUUGAACAUGAAGAAACUCCAGCAACAUAUGCAUGUGCUAUGGGAGAUGAAUUUCGUUUUUGGAUGCGUUGGUAUGGGAAACAUCAUUCAGAAUUUCAAUUAGAACAAGGAGAUUUUUUAUCACAUCCAAAAAUGGAUGAAAGAAUCAAAGAAGCAGAUGUCAUUUUUGCUAAUAAUUAUGUAUUUGGUUCAACAGUUAAUCAUGAAUUAAAAGUUAAAUUUAUGAAUAUGAAAGAUGGAGCAAAGAUCAUUUCAUCAAGAGAAUUUUGUUCCGAAAGCUUUCGACUUAAUGAUAGAACAAAAAAUGAUUUAGGUGCUGUUAUGCAUGUGACAAAACCUGAAGAAUGUUUUGGUAAAGUCAGUUGGUCAGAUAAAUCUGUUCAAUAUUAUCUUCACGUUAUUGAUCACAGUAAAUUAGCACAUUAUUAUGAAAAAGUACAUCAACUUCAUACAAAAGGAUCAAAGACAAAGUAAAUAUCGAAAGAAUGUUUCCUGUUUUCACAUAUUCAAUGAUAUAAUAACAAAAUUAGAAGAAGAUGGAAAAUUUUGACUAGAAUUUGAUCGAGUAUAUACAAGGUCAUCUAGUCGAUAGUGACCGAAUAUCAAUUUUUUCCGUCGAAUACUAACGCAUUUUAUGAGCGAUAGUUUCAUCAAUUCUUUGUUCAUAUUGACAUAGCUUACAGAAUAUGAUUCAUCGCAUAAAUAACUCUGAUAGCGUCAUCUGUGCUGUGAAAAACACG